UCGACACAGCAUCUGUCUGCUACAGAUAGCACAGCUGCAUGGAGUAAUGUACGCUUGUACUUAAUUGUGCUUUAGGAAUGAGCUGCCUGCUCCUGUUCAUCCUUCUAGGGAUGCUUCCUCUUUCCUCCUGUCUCUUCCACAGAUGCUGUUUUUCUCCAGUUAAUGUUGAGUUUGCCGUUUCACUCGUGGAGAAGAUGCAGGCUCAGGAAAUCCUGCGGAGCUUGCGGCUCCCUGAGUUCGAUGACCUCAGCCAGUUUUUCCGCAACCUGCCGGCCACGGCGCUGGUGGGCAUCGGUGCCUUCGCAGCCAUUGUCGCCUACUGGUUCGCCAGCCGGCCCAGGGCCGUGAAGCCACCCUGCGACCUGCGGAUGCAGUCAGAGGAAGUCGAGGGCUUGGCCGGGGCACGCCGGUCGGUGAUCGGAGACAGCCCACAGCUGCUGACACACUACUACGAUGAUGCCAGAACUAUGUAUGAGGUCUUCAGGAGAGGAUUCGGCAUCUCUGAAAAUGGCCCCUGCCUGGGGUUCCGGAAGCCCAAGCAGCCCUACCAGUGGCUGUCCUACAAGGAGGUAGCUGAAAGAGCAGAAGCUCUGGGUUCAGGGCUUCUUCAGCAGGGCUGCAAGCCAUCCACAAAGCAGUUCAUUGGGGUCUUUGCUCAAAACCGUCCAGAGUGGAUCAUUUCUGAGCUGGCUUGCUACACCUACUCCAUGGUGGUGGUUCCCCUCUAUGAUACCUUAGGUCCUGGAGCCAUUCGUUACAUCAUCAACACAGCUGACAUUUCCACAGUCAUUUGUGACAAACCUGAAAAAGCCAGAGUACUCCUCGACCACGUGGAGAGGAAAGAAACACCAGGUCUGAGCUCCAUCAUCCUGAUGGACCCAUUUGAGAAGGAGCUGAUGGAGAGAGGGAGGCACUGUGGAGUUCGCAUCCAGACCAUGCAGGAGGUAGAAGACUGUGGCCGUGAGAGCCGACAUGUGCCUGUGCCUCCUCGCCCAGAAGAUCUAUCAAUCGUCUGUUUUACUAGUGGCACUACAGGAAACCCCAAAGGUGCUAUGCUGACUCACGGGAACGUGGUUGCUGAUUUUUCAGGCUUUUUGAAAGUAACGGAGAAAGUGAUCUUUCCGAGACAGGACGAUGUGCUCAUCUCCUUCCUGCCUCUGGCUCACAUGUUUGAAAGAGUUAUACAGGUAAGAAAACUGCCUGAACUGAUGAGGCCUCGUGGGGCUCCUUGUGUUUUCUUCCAGAGUCAGUGGUCUCCUACUUGUGAGGAUGUACACAUUUCCUAUUUGCCUUUAGCACACAUGUUUGAGAGAAUGGUACAGUCUGUAGUGUACUGCCAUGGAGGACGAAUUGGCUUCUUCCAAGGAGAUAUUCGUCUCUUGUCUGACGAUAUGAAGGCGUUGCGUCCGACCAUCUUCCCCGUCGUGCCACGGCUCUUAAACAGAAUGUACGAUAAGAUCUUCAGCCAGGCAGACACAUCCCUCAAGCGCUGGGUUCUGGAAUUUGCUGCGAGACGGAAAAAGGCUGAAGUUCGAAAUGGGAUCAUCAGAAACGACAGUUUGUGGGAUAAACUCUUCUUUAACAAAAUUCAGGCCAGUCUCGGUGGGUGUGUUCGUAUGAUAGUCACAGGUGCUGCGCCCGCGUCGCCGACCGUCCUGGGCUUCCUCCGAGCGGCCCUCGGCUGCCAGGUUUAUGAAGGUUAUGGCCAAACAGAAUGCACAGCUGGAUGCACCUUUACCACCCCAGGUGACUGGACGUCAGGUCACGUAGGAGCCCCUUUGCCCUGUAACUUAAUCAGAUUGAAGGACGUGGAAGAGCUGAAUUAUUUUGCUUCCAAAGGAGAAGGAGAGAUAUGUGUGAAAGGACCAAAUGUUUUCAAAGGGUAUCUGAAAGAUGAAGAGAAGACGGCUGAAGCGCUGGACCAGGAGGGCUGGCUUCACACUGGAGACAUUGGGAAAUGGUUACCUAAUGGGACUCUUAAAAUUAUUGAUCGGAAAAAGCACAUCUUUAAACUUGCUCAGGGAGAAUAUAUUGCACCGGAGAAGAUUGAGAAUAUCUAUAUCCGCAGUGACCCUGUUGCCCAGAUCUAUGUCCAUGGAGAUAGCCUGCAGGCCUUUCUGGUGGGAAUUGUGGUGCCCGAUUCUGAAGUUAUGCCAGGCUGGGCAAAGAAAAGAGGCUUUGAUGGAACGUACGCAGAACUCUGUAAAAAUAAGGAACUGCAGCAAGCGAUAAUGGAAGACAUGGUACGGUUAGGUAAGGAGAGUGGACUCCAUUCCUUUGAGCAGGUCAAAGCCAUUUACAUUCACUCUGAUAUGUUCUCAGUACAAAAUGGUUUGUUGACGCCAACAUUAAAGGCUAAGAGGCCAGAACUAAGAGAUUACUUCAAAAAACAAAUAGAAGAACUAUACUCAAGCAUCUCCAUCUGAAAUCAUGGGAAGAAUCUUCUGAAUAAUGGACUUUGUAGCAAUAUUAGAAUAAUACUAUAAGUGCAGAGCCAGAAUGACACAGCUGAAAUGGAUAAGCAUCUGAAUCUUACAUUUGAGCAUUUCAUUUGUUCUAGGAUUUCACCACUAACCAUAAUUUUCCUUCUUUUUUCCAUCAGGUGUGAUACAAUUUAUUUUUCACUCUAUGUAAGCAGGGUCCUACUAAGAAUUAUGAUAAAUUGCCACAAAAUAUACAGAAAUUUCAGUCUAUGGUCAAGUAAAUUAUGGAAACUUACCUUAUUAAUAGCUACAAGCAUUUCUAAUUAAAAUAGAGAAAAAAUCAGAUAUGCUUGUUGAUAUUUGAUUGUAAAUAACCUAACACAUUAGAAACUGAAAUUGUGGAUAAUUCAAUAAUGUGGUCUACCUCAAACAAUCAGUGAUUGGUGGUGAAAGUCUGUUUUCCUUGCUCUGGAACUUCAAGUUGGAUAUCAAUUUAUAUAUUAAGUGAUAGUUUUUAUAUUUUCCAGGACAUAAAUUACAUUGAUUUAAUCAUGAAUGACCUAACAACCAGAAUAGAAGCAGGAAUGAAUCUCUUGCUAUUUGCACUUAACAGUCCUAUUAGUGUGCUACAUCUAAGGGAUUAGUGUGACAAGAACAGGUUAGGGAGUGGUAGGAUAGUAUUUGCUCCAUUUCCUUUUCAUCCAAACUCGGUUCAUACAUAGCAUGCUGGUUCUACGUUACGGCCUCCUUCAGCACAGUACGCUCAUGGACAUCUGAACUACUCAAACUGAGAAGGUUGCAAAAGCAUAGCUGGCUCUGUGGUGGCUCUGGUCCCUCAUUUACUACUUUACAAGCUGCUAAUACCAUGUAGUCCAGGUGGACUAACUCCCUUUUAGAAGCAGUGCUAAAGAAACGGAGCACAAGGUAUAAGCUGCAAUUCCAAAUGCAGCUUAGCAAAACAGUUGGUUUGGGAGAAUGGCCAGCCUGAGAUGCAGCGGUGGAGAACAUCCUUCAGCUGGCCGUGAAGAAGGGGAAGCGCUGCUCCAAAAAAGGCCCCCGGGGAUGGGCAAAAGGCUGCGUUCAGGCAGCGCUGCAGUAAGGUGUUGUGGUACAGUAAAGCACUGGACGUGUUUGCAGAAAGGCCUGCUAAGGAAACAGCUAUGCAUUCGGACAUUGGGAAGCCUCGGUUCCCGCCGUCCUUGCUUCCACUGGCCUCUGGAAUAAACAGCCAGUCAUCUGGAUGAGUCUUUUGAUUGCACAACCAGUGGCAGCCAUCAGAAAAGGCCCGAGUCCUGUGCAACAGGAGCAGACUCUGGAGCUCUCUCCUGGGACAAUGCACAGUACAAAACAAUGAAAAAACUGUAACCUCGAGUCGCUUGAAUGCUCAGACUGUUGGUGGCUUCCUUCUGCUAAACAGGGUCCUCAAUAUGUCCGUGUAUUUUAGUAGCUGCUGUUUGCUGCAUCAGUGCACACUAGCAUGGAGCUGUGCCUGCUAGAUCUUCUUUGCUAGGACAGUGAAAGCACACUUCUUUUCUUUCUUAAACUGGAAUCCACUGUAGACUUUCUAAGCCAAAAGCUUAAAUUUUUAAUCUAAAUGAUCUCCUACUUUCCCUUUGAAAUUCUAUUGCAUGCUUCAGAAUGAAAUAAAUUGAAUUAAUGGGU